ACCCAUGGAGACCUGAGGUGCUCAUUGUUUCCUCUCAUAACACGGGCGCUAUGAGUCUGGGAGAAGAGCUGUGUUAUAAAGCACAUGAGAUGGAAGUGGAGGAAGACUUUUACUCUUAUGAGUUCAGUAAUGAUGAAGGUCUGCCGGUGUAUAAGGACAGUGAGGAGGUGUUCGCAGCGCUUCGGCAGAAGGAGGACGAGGUUCUUCUGGCAGCUCAGGUGGGAAACGCUCUGCUGCUGGAGAACAGACAGCUGAAGCAGGAGAGAGACGCGCUUCACGACAAACACGCGCAGCAGCUGGAGGAGCUGGAGCAGGGCAGGUACGAGCUGCGGGUCAAGCUGGAGGACUGCCGGGUGCAGUGGGAGAGUCAGGUGUCCGAGCUGGAGCGAGACGUGCAGGAGCUGCAGGCGCGGGUCGAGAGGCUGAGCCAGAGUCUGAGCGAGGCGGAGAGAGAGAAGAGCAGACUGAAGCAGGAGCACAGCGAACACAGCCACAGACUCAGAGAACAGCUGCAGAGGGGAAUGGAAGUGGAGCGAGCCAUGACCAGCGAGCUUCAAAGACUGAAAGAGGAAAUGAGAGAAAGAGGGCAAGCCAGACCCCAGGACGAAGAAAUCAUCAACGCACUCAGAGAACAGGUGGCACGGCUCACGCAGCGGGAGCAAACACUUGAGCAGCGCUUGAAGAUGACUUGUCAUGAGAAUGAGGAACUAAAAGACACUAUGUCCACACUACAUGCACGCCUGGAUCUACAGGAACAACAGAGUCACACACACAUACAACAGCUGGCAGAGGCCUGGCGGGAAGUGGAUGGGGUUCGAUCCCGGGCUCAAGAGCUGCAGUCUCAGGUCGAGGAGCUGCAGGAGGAAGUGGCCCUCCAGGAGAAGAGUCACAAUGACUCGUCUUUACUGUCUGAGCUUGAAAACAAUCUGGACGCCGCAGACUGGAGCCUGGACAAAGAACAGCAGGUCUGUCGAGAGCUGCACUACAUCCUGGUACUGCUGCAGCCUGUGGCCUACAGAUCAGAGGCUGAGCAGGACUCCGAUGACAGCCUGCAGGGCAUGCUGGGACAACUGAAACACGCAGCACAAUGGAUAGCACACAGUGAGACACUACAGGAGAAGAGGAAGUCCAUUGUGGGAUCGGUGAGCGAUCCGUGUGAGAAUGCCAUCCGGAUAAAGGAGCUGCAGGAUCAGAAUGAGCGUCUCGUGGCAGAAAACGCCAAGCUCAAGCUGCGAGCUGAGAGACUUGUGGAGCAGGAAGUAGUUCAGCAGGCCAUAAAGGACCGUGAUGAUGCCAUCACUAAGAAGACAGCGAUGGAAGCAGAGCUGCUGAGGACUAAACAUGAUAUGAUGUGUUUGAACAACCAACUCCUGGAAGCCAUUCAACGCAAACUACAGCUGUCACAGGAACUGGAGGCCUGGCAGGAUGAUAUCCAGAUUAUCAUCAAUCAGCAGCUGAGGAACCAACAGCAGACAGAAGAGCCUCAGAAGAGAUCAGCAGGUCGUCUUUCUUUCCUGCGUAAGUCCAGACGGCCGUCCACUCUACCAGAGAUCAGCCCGGAGCAGAACCAGACGCCCUGGAGAGACUGGCUCAAACGCAGCAAAUAAACCCGCUUACAGGAACAUAUCAGACACUCGUGUGUAAUGAUCCACCGUCAAUGCCAAAGACACUGACCACGUCUGUGUUUGUGUGUGUGUGUGUGAGAGAGAGAGAGAGAGAGAAAACAUGUUCUUGAAUAAAAAAAACUUCUUAUUCAAGAACAAAUUGUAAAUAAAUUUCACAAAAACAUGUUCACAUUUCUCCCCAAAUUCAAAAAACAAAAAGAAGAAAUAAUAUUUUGUAUGAAGGUAAUAAGACAUUUUAGAACUUAAUGGAAUGUAAUUUUAGAAAUGGUAAUGGAAUGUGCUGUAAUUAUCUUAUUGUGAAAUAUAUCUUUAUCUUUAUAUGAUAUCUUUCUGUUGUCUUUGGAGUGAAAAGUGUUCUGAAAGUUUUUGUGAGAUUCAGUUGUAUAAUAUGACUAUUUAUACUUACUGUAAGUAAUGAAAGAAUGAAUACACCGACAUCAUGCUGGUCAUGAUCUUGUUGAUUUUAAUGGCAUUUAACAUAACAUUUUGUAAUAGAUUUAAUAGAACAAACAUGUACCUGAACUACACAUGAAAAGUAUGUGCACAUGAAGGAACGUCUCCAGAGUUGUUCAGUUCACUAAUGCUCUGUAUCAUAUGAAGGAUCUGUAGUGCUCAGACUCGAACAUUGUCAUGAUAUACAGAAGAAUUCAAUGAUUCCAAUGUUCAUGGUUGAAAUCCUUUAAGUACUCUUCUGUGUAUCACUAAUGCAGUUUUGUUUUGCAAGUUUUGUAUGUAAUUUAUAUAUUUGUCAAUGUGACAUUUGUACAAUUAAAUUUUUAUGUAAA